GGGGAGCAAAACUCCUCUCCAGCAGUUUAAAUAUAACUCUCUUCUGGGAGAAACUGAGAGCAAGGUGUGGUGGGGAUGUCACGACCACCUGGCGCCAUACCACCUCCUCACCCCGCUGGCGGCGUUGCCUCCGGGGUGGGCCCCAACCAGGGAUCAGGUCCGCCUCCGGUCUACCGGCAGGACGUGAUGAAGCAGAUGAUGGUGAUGGAGCAGGAGAAGAGGGCGCAGAUGCACAUGAUGGAGCAGCAGAAACAGCAGCUCUUAAGAGAGCAGAGACAGCAGCAGCAACUCUUGGCUGAACAGCUCCAGCAGCAGCAACAUCUCCCCAGACAAAUCGGCCAGGGCCAGAGGAAUCCAUAUCCCCAAGUCAAUCAGUACCAAGGUACCCCUCAGGCUCUCCAGAACAUUCGGGCUACCCGCCUCCUGCAGCAGCCGCAAACUCAGCAGCAGAUGGUCCAGAUGAGUUCUGUUCAGGCCCAGGGUGGUUCUGUGGGACCCCAAACUGACAUGGGACUACCCUACAGUAACCAGGGAUCCAACCAGGGUUCCCUGUAUGGGCUCAACCCCUCCAUGAGCCAAAUGAUCCACCAGCAGCAGCACCAGAGCCAAAGCGUCCAAGCCUCCAUGGGUCUUCCGCCACAGCACAACCCCACCGGAGGGCCACCCCGGCAGGCAGGUGCGGGUCCUGGAGUCGGAGGUAUGCCUGGAGGACCCGGAGGUGGUGGAGCUGGAGGUUAUGGAGGGCAAGGGAUGUUAAUGAACUCCAUGACCCAACAGCCUCUUAAAGGACCUCCUAAUGCCAAAGCUCAAACACAGAGACUGCAGAGCAUGCUGGGAGGAGGCGGUGGGGGAAUGGCAGCAAGUGGCUGGCCGCAGCAGCAAGGACAGAGUCUGCAGGCCAUGGGGGGUGGAGUUGGAAGGACUACAGGAGGAGGGGGAGGAGAUAUGGUGGGGUUCAGCUCUGCCCAGGGUUAUGGGAUGCAGCCGGGUCAACCCCCACGCAUGGCUAAACAACACUUUCAGGGCCCGGGACAAGGGAUGGGCCAGGGGAUGGACCCCAGGUUGGGCAACCCAGCUGCGGGUAUGGCUGGCCCAAUGAUGGGCCCUCACAUGGGUGGUCAACCAAGGACCAACCAACCCCGCCCUAUGGUUAUGAACCAGGGAAUGAACCAGGGGGUGAUGGGCCAGGGAAUAACUGGGAUGGGGGGUUUCGUGCCAGGCCCUGGGGGGCCAGGAUUAGGGGCAAGUGGAGGUGGAGGAGGUGGAUCUUACGGACCAGGGGCGGUCGGGGUUGGAGGUCAGCCGCAGGGCUACCAGAGGACAGCCAAUCAGGACAUGUCAUCCUAUGGAUACGGGGGCGGGCCCUCAGGCGGAGGAGCCUUCGGAUUGGGCGACGGCUCGGGGGCAGAGCUGGACUCAAGUGACGGUUGGAUGGAGGAGUUUUUCUCGAGCUAAUAGCCAACGGGGAAAGUUGUUACUGGAUGAAAUAAAAACAUUUAAAGUUGGACAAAUUUUAAAAUCUGAGAAAGUAAAACAAAAACGACAACA